ACACUCGCGCCACAGCUCGUUUAGCGUUUCACCACAUUUCCGACAGCAGUUGAGUUUAUCGCACCAUUUCCUGUCAGUUGUAACAAUCAUUUGACGUGUCCUUGUUGAUGCCUUAUUUGCAGAGCACGAUGAGCGGAUUUCAACUUGAUCUCGGCCCGUUGAAAGAACCACUGGGAUUUAUACGUGUACUGGAAUGGAUAUUUGCCAUAUUUGUAUUUGCUACAAUAGGAGGGUAUUCUGGCUCCACAAGUUUUAACAUCCAGUGUAAAGGCAAGGGAAACCAUGAAGUUCUUGUUACCUUCAGCUACCCUUUUAGGCUUAACACCCAGAGUUACGAAGUCCCAACAUGCAAGGUCAAUGAGACAAAGUCUGAUACCAUGAAUUUGAUUGGAAAUUAUUCAUCUUCGGCUGAGUUUUUUGUCGCUGUUGGUGUUCUGGCUUUUUUCUACUGCACUGCAACGCUUGUGUUGUACCUGGGUUACCAGCACCUUUACCGAGAGUCUCCACGUGGCCCCAUUGUUGAUCUGCUGAUAACUGGGGUCUUCGUGUUUUUGUGGCUGGUUUCAUCUUCUGCCUGGGGGAAAGGCCUCACUGAUGUGAAACAUGCAACUAGUCCAAAUACACUAGUGUCGAUACCUGAAGUCUGUAAACUCAACAGUUGCACUGCUGGGCAUGUUCCCCUAAUGGGUCGUCUCGAUUCCUCAGUGAUUUUUGGAUUCCUCAACCUUAUCCUGUGGGGAGGAAACUUCUGGUUUAUCUAUAAAGAGACGCCAUUCCACAAGUCAGUGAAUCUGCAAGAGGAAACAGGACAACCGUAAUGAAAUGGCAGGUCCCAUCUACAUUCAUCAAGCAGGUGUUGAUGCAACACACCUCUGCCGAUUGAUCCUGGAUAUACAUAAGAUGACUCAUGUCACAAAAGCACUAUAAGCAGUCAUCCUAUUUCUAUACUGUUCUAUACAAUUUGCACACACUACAGCAAAGCUGUAUAUUUGGAAAAUGUGCAUUGUUAUAUUUUAAAGGUACAAUUGCACCUGGGCACAAACAUGUAUGUACGCAGUAAAUUGUUACAGCUGUCAUUAAAAUGUUACGUUUCAUCUCUUUAAUGUUACUAUUAAAUUGUUGAAAUUA